AUGGGUGCAUUCUGCUCAGUUAUAAAGUUUGAAAAUCUGCAAGAAUUAAAGAGACUGUGUCACUGGGGUCCCAUCAUAGCCCUUGGUGUUAUAGCAAUAUGUUCUACGAUGGCCAUGAUUGACUCUGUGUUGUGGUAUUGGCCUUUACAUACAACUGGAGGAAGCGUGAAUUUCAUCAUGUUGAUAAAUUGGACUGUCAUGAUUCUUUAUAAUUACUUCAAUGCCAUGUUUAUUGGUCCUGGCUUUGUCCCUUUGGGGUGGAAACCGGAAAAUUCUCAGGAUAGCAUGUACCUCCAGUAUUGUAAAGUCUGCCAAGCAUACAAGGCUCCACGGUCACAUCACUGCAGAAAGUGUAACAGAUGUGUGCUGAAGAUGGACCAUCACUGUCCUUGGAUCAACAACUGUUGUGGUUUCCAAAAUCAUGCUUCGUUCACACUGUUUCUCCUUUUAGCACCGCUGGGUUGUAUUCAUGCUGCCUUCAUUUUUGUUAUGACUAUGUAUACCCAGCUUUAUAAUCGGCUCUCCUUUGGGUGGAACACGGUAAAGAUUGAUAUGAGUGCGGCCCGCAGAGAUCCUCUUCCACUUAUUCCCUUUGGAUUAGCAGCAUUCGCGGCCACCCUGUUUGCAUUGGGAUUAGCUUUAGGAACAACCAUAGCUGUUGGGAUGUUGUUUUUCAUCCAGAUGAAAAUAAUUCUCAGAAACAAAACUUCUAUUGAAUCAUGGAUUGAAGAAAAGGCUAAAGAUCGAAUUCAGUAUUACCAACUAGAUGAAGUCUUUGUUUUUCCCUACGAUAUGGGAAGUAGAUGGAAGAACUUUAAACAGGUAUUUACAUGGUCAGGGGUCCCUGAAGGAGAUGGGCUCGCGUGGCCGAUAAGAGAAGGCUGUCACCAGUACGACUUGACAAUUGAACAGUUGAAACAAAAAGCAGAUAAGAGAGUCAGAAGUGUUCGGUAUAGAGUAAUAGAAGAUUACAGUGGUGCCUGCUGUCCUUUGAAUAAGGGAAUCAAAACCUUCUUCACAAGUCCCUGCACUGAAGAGCCUCGAAUAAGGCUACAGAGAGGGGAAUUCAUUUUGGCCACAAGAGGGUUACGAUACUGGUUGUAUGGAGAUAAAAUUCUCGAUGAUUCCUUUGUAGAAGGUGUUUCAAGGAUACGAGGCUGGUUCCCUAGAAACUGUGUGGAGAAGUGUCCCUGUGAUGCUGAAACAGAUCAAGCCCCAGAGGGCGAGAAGAAAAAUAGAUAGCUACGGUUACACUAAAAUUAUUCUUUAAGUCCUCUCCAUUACUUGAAAACUGUACAGAUUACUAAAGAAUUAUGCAAUGAGCCUACUCUGGUUAAGGUGUUCUUUUCCUCAAAGGUGCCCUAGUGCCAUAAUCUAAAUAUUUUUAUUACAUUUUGAAAUGGAGAAGCCAUUCUG